UCCACAGCACGUUGUCUGUGCGGCCUCGACUUCCUUUUCUGUGCGGAUUUCAUGGCGAGCCAUAGCGCGGAAGAGUUGAUUCGCCUACCGUGACCACACCGACCCGUGCAUCAACCUCCAGAAACGCGUUUUUUUCCGGCUGCCGUUAUAAAGUCCGUGACGUCAGCAGGGUAGUUGGCUGGCUUUGACGUCAUCAGGUGUUUUAAGGAUUUUUGGGUGGUUUCUGGACUGAACGCUGUGCUGUGCCCCCUCACUCUCUUUCGGCGUGUUGUGGCUGUAGCUGGUCUUACUGAAGAACUGCCAGUCGAUGGCUCUGAUGGACAAACACAAAGUGAAGCGGCAGAGACUGGACCGCAUCUGUGAAGGCAUUCGACCACCCAUCCUCAAUGGCCCCAUGCACCCUCGUCCUCUGGUGGCACUGCUGGAUGGGCGGGACUGUACGGUGGAGAUGCCCAUCCUGAAGGACGUGGCCACCGUGGCCUUCUGUGAUGCCCAGUCCACCCAGGAGAUCCACGAGAAGGUCUUAAACGAGGCUGUUGCUGCUUUGCUCUACCACACCAUCACGCUCUCGCGAGACGACCUGGACAAGUUUAAAGGUCUUCGGGUCAUUGUGAGGAUUGGCAGUGGGUUUGACAAUGUUGAUAUAAAAGCUGCAGCAGAGCUGGGUAUAGCAGUGUGUAAUGUGCCAGCCGCGUCUGUGGAGGAGACGGCAGACACCGCAAUGUGUCUAAUUCUGAAUCUGUACCGCCGCGUCACCUGGAUGCAUCAGGCUCUGCGCGAGGGCACCCGUGCCUCCAGCGUGGAGCAGAUCCGGGAGGUGGCAGGAGGCGCAGCACGUAUUCGAGGGGAAACGUUGGGCAUCAUUGGACUGGGACGUGUUGGCCAAGCAGUUGCUCUGAGGGCAAAGGCCUUUGGGUUUGGAGUGAUUUUCUAUGACCCGUACCUGCCAGAUGGGGUGGAGCGAUCACUAGGCCUCCAGCGCAUGGCGACACUACAGGACCUGCUCAUCCACUCAGACUGUGUGUCGCUACACUGCAGCCUAAAUGAGCACAACCACCACCUCAUCAAUGACUUCACCAUCAAACAGAUGCGUCAGGGUGCUUUCCUCGUGAACACGGCGCGUGGCGGUCUGGUGGAUGAGAAAGCUCUGGCCCAGGCUCUGAAAGAGGGCAGAAUUCGGGGAGCAGCCCUGGAUGUCAAUGAGACAGAGCCCUUCAGUUUCUCUCAGGGCCCACUAAAGGAUGCCCCAAAUCUUAUCUGUACCCCACACACAUCCUGGUACAGUGAACAGGCCUCAAUUGAGGCCAGAGAGGAGGCGGCGCGGGAGGUGCGCAGAGCCAUCACAGGUCGUAUCCCAGACAGUCUGAAGAACUGCGUGAAUAAGGAGUAUUUGAUGGCAGCCUCUCAGUGGCCGUCUAUGGAGGCCACCACCGUGCACUCUGAACUCAACGGAGCUGCAGCGUAUAGGUUCCCUGCAGGGCUGAUUGGCGUAGCAGCAGGCGGGCUGCCUGGAGCUGGGGCAGGAGUGGAGGGCAUUGUGACUGGAUCUCUGCCCCUGGCCCACGGCAUCGCCCCGGUCUCACACCCGCCUCACACCCCAUCGCCCGGGCAACCCUCCAAGGCCGAGGCAGACAGAGACAUCCCUUCCGACCAAUAGCAUCCCAGCACAUUCCAUCUUUGCCCUGAUCGAUGCCCUUUCACCUCACCCGGGGGGACUGACGCCCCUGCUUUCGAUGUGACCUUGGGUCACCCCAGUCCAACAGAACAUGUGUACAAACCCAGGAGUGAAACCCUGUACCCCGAACGUACCCCUCAUUUCCACUCGCUCUAUCCUCUGUUGUAUACUUUGGCAGAAAGCAAUAACUUCUCUCAAGGAUUCAAUAAUUGGGUUGAUACACACUAUUUCUAAGCUACGAAAUCCCAGUUCCUUUGCUUUGUAUCUACUCUGGACUAGUUGGAGUUUGUUUCCGAGUAGUGUUUCUUACAUUUCUGUUCUUUUCUUAUCUGUUUUAACAGGCGUGGAAAUAAACGCAUGGACCUUGUUUUCUUUCCUUCGUCCCCUGCCCAUCCUCCUCCUAGCAUACAUUUGUAAAGCCUUCUCAACCUGUCCCUUUUUAGCAAACGUUUGAUCAUCAAAACACAGUAACAGCUGGCUAACGUCUUUGAUUAGAUUCAGCAGCCAUCAGCAAUUAUUUCACAGCAGGUGUUCAAUAACAGAGAUCAAGGCUAAUGGUUAUGGCCCGUGGCUAAGAGUAACAGUCCAAGGGAAGAGCUCAGAUGUUUCGCGUUCCUCUCACUCUCUCUUCACGUGGAAGGCAUCUUCUAGAAUUGUCCAGUUUCUCUCUCUUUUUGCCGAAACCAAGAGAGCUUCACCCCCAGAGCUGUUGGGGGUUUGAUCGUGUGCUCCACUUAAGUCACAAGAUUUACAGCGUCCGUAAUGCCUGAGGUCUGCAUAAGUGUCACUGAAAUCACAUACGUGAGAUUCCAUCGUCCUGUGAUGGCCGAAUUCAUUUUAUUUUGUGUGCUGCUUUGUGAACAGCUUGAUAAUGAUGAUGGGAGAUCGCUCAUAGGCAGCCAGCUUCAUAAAUGAAAGUUUCAAACAAAGCCAUAUUCAUGCAGUGUAUAACAUUGCUGAUUUAACAAGACACAACUGCAAGAUUUGUGACACCUUAAACCUACCUUCAAAAAGACAAAAGAGGCUCAUUUUACAAUGUGUGCGUACAACAUUGACCUCCGCUCGACUCAUACUGAGAUCCACCAUAGCUAAGCUGAUAACAUUGGCACCUCUUUUUAUUCGUAGCCAUUAGAAAAAUAUUUGCCUUGUUUUCCAUAUCUUCUCUCUGUCCUGGAUUAUCUCUUGCUGUACUUCCUCCUCGUGCCUCCUUUUUCCGAUUAGGCCUUCUCUUUGUGAUUCGGCGAGGCACACUUGUCCACCCUUCACCCACUCGUCCUCCAACUGUGUAGCGCAUCCGCCCGCCCAGCCCUUCCUCCCCACAAGGCACUUAAACUCUUAACACACUCAAACACAUUUUCAUACAGACCUGGUUUAGGCGAGCUGUGCUCUGGAGGCUGCCGUACCAUUGAAGGCCAGCAGGUGGCGACGACUCGCUUUCCCCCUCAGGUUCACGGCUGAUUAAUUCAUUCGUUUCUUGCACAGAGAGUCUCGUGAAGGUUUAGGAGAGAUUCAGUCAGACCUGUUGUGGGCCGCACCAUAUGUCGCUUAUCGUCGACACUCUUCCAGAUACUCAGGAUGGGUGAUGUGCCGGCUCUGCGCCACACUGAAUUAAAGCAGGUCAUUUACCCAGAGCUUGACAUUAUCAUGGCUGUCCUCUAUGAUAUCAGCCUUCGCUUUCUCUGCGUUUUCACCAUUUAGAGCACAGGAGAUAAGGUGGAAAGAAUGUAAAAGCUAGGUCACUGGAACGCUGGUUGCUUUCCAAAGAAGGUAGGAGAGUGUCUCGGGAUAGCCUUCUGUCUGAAGAGAAAGGCCUUUCUAGUACCUCAGUAACAGAUAUUGAAUGUAUGCUCAAAUCUUUCUCGCUUUGUACAGCUUUUUUUUUUUUUUU